UUUCUAUUCAACAGCCGGUCGCUAGCGACGCUUAUUUAAUAGCAUCGGCUAACUAAUAGCAUGCUAAAGCAAAUACUGUAGGAUAGAUUCGGACCAAACGGAACAUCAUCGUUCGGAGUUUUGAGGACUUUUUUUUGGAAAUUUUGGAUUUUUCUCACUGGAUUGAUUGGACCGGUACCGGAAAAAAACAGCUCUGCGCUUUCAGCGACUGUCUAUCUAUCGGAUUUUAGUAAAAUUUAAGGCAUGGCGCUAAUGGGAAGCAUUGACCCUUACGUCAUGGGCACGUCUUUCUCCAAUUAUGUGGAGCGCCUUGAAUAUUUUUUUUCCUGCAACAAUAUUGCAGAUGAUAAAAAAAAGGAUAUCUUUAUGAGUUUUUCCGGUAUGCACAUAUUUGAGAAAUUGAAAUUGCUAUAUCCGGGUACAGAUUUAAAAACUCUCAGUUAUGAAGCAAUAACAAAGAAACUGAAAGAAAGGUUUGACAAAGUUGAGUCGGAUACGAUUUUGAGGCUUAGAUUUCGCAAUAGGAAACAAGGCCCGGCGGAAUCCGGUGAAAACUUCAUUCUGGCGGUGAAGCUUUUAGCAGAGCAAUGUGAUUUUGGUGCAUUUCGUGAGUCGGCAAUUAGGGAUCAGUUGCUUUUUGGUGUUUUUGAUAAGAAACUGCAAAAAAAAAUGCUAGAGGUAGACGACUUAAACCUGCGAGUAGCAGAAAGAAUGAUAAAAAAUACAGAGAUGGUGGAAUCUAGUGCUGAUGCUUUGAAUGCGGAUUAUACAGCAAAUGUCCUUUCCGUACAAAGCAGGUUAGGAGAUAGAGAGCCAAGAUAUCAUACUCGAUAUAGCAAUGAUAGGAAUCGUGUCAGAAGCAGAAGCAGGGAUAGGCAGGUCUACCGCCGUGAUCAUGAUAGAGAGCGAUCGGAGCGUAGGCAAUCUAGCAGAGGAAGAUAUGCAAAUUUCAUUUGUAACUUCUGUAAAUUGAAAGGCCAUAUUCAGAAAAAUUGCUAUCGCUUGAAAAAUCAACAAAAUGGCAGGAGUUCGGUGAAGUUUGUCGAAGAUACACAAGGUUCUGGUAACGUGCCUGAUUAUUUUAAGCGUCUACGAAUUGAUUACAACAGCGACAGUGAUUCACCAGAUCUCGAUAGGAUCAGUCUUGAUCUCGGCCCACAGGGGGCAGAUUAGACUUAUACAGGAAUCUGAACGUAGGCGUAAUGUGGCGCUUCAGAUGCUGGACCAACAGACGGCGGAGCAUACUCGAGGUACAAAAAGGCGAUAUGCGGAAUCCGAGGACGAGGAGCUGUUCUGUGGAUUUCCACCCGCAUUCGAGAUGCCACCGCCAGUCAGAAGUGAAAUACACCCUAAGGUAUUUCGUUCCAACGAUUGUAAUGAUUUAGGAGUCUCUGGAAGACAUCCUACUGAAAAUUUAAGAAGAUCCUCUAGAGUUUUUAAGAAGAAGGUCGAUAGAAAUUUUGUUUAUUUCAAGUAAAAUACCUGAGUGCGGAGAAUUACAAAUUGGUAUAGUUUAUAAGAAUGUAUUUAGAUAAGUUUAAUGAAUGUUAAU